ACUGAUCUACCCAGUGCUGCAGGCUCUUGACUUCUGGACUGCAUCCUACCAGCAGAACCAGAACGUGCCCAUUCUUUACAGGCCUCUCAUGGCUCGUUAUUUGCUGCAGUACCUGGGCGCUGACACCUCCCUGGAGCCACUCCUGCUUGCUAACAAUCACAGCUCCCUGGACCAGCCAGCCAUCAGUGCUAAGAUCCGUUCCAAGCUGGACUGGACCACUUUACUUCCAGGUGAGCGCAAGAAGCAUUUCCGACCGGUCAUUAAAGAAACUGGGUCACCUGGGUUGCUGGAUCAGGUGAUGGCAUUUCUGGAUGUGAGGGCAUCACCGCUGCUGGCAGAACAGGAGGUUCUGAGUAGGACGCCUAAAGCAUACAUGUUGACCUGUGAGUUUGAUGUGCUGAGAGAUGACGGGUUGAUGUAUGCCAGGCGCCUGCAGGAUGCUGGUGUCACAGUGACCAGCGAUCACUAUGAGGAUGGUUUUCAUGCCUGUAUGGUGUUUGCAUACACACCAAUGAUGUCUAGUGUUGGACAGAGGAGCAUGAACAACUUCAUCCGCUGGCUGGACCAAAAUCUGUAGACAAACAAACUGCUCCUUCUAAACCAGGAUCUGUAGUGUUUGUCUGUGGCACCAAAGAAGUGUGGUACAGGAAAGCUCAUUGUUGAACCUAAAGGGAGGAGCAACACCUUCAUCACAAAUGUAAUCCAUGUGAGGGCAGGAGAGGUAGUUGAAACAUCACACCUGAACCCAAGAAAGCAUCUGUCAGCAGCCACGAGUCCUGACCAGACACCAGGUAGGCUGCGUUAGAUGGGAGCAUCUACAAAUAUGUUAAAUUUAGAAACAUGGGAACACAACCAGCAGUCACAUUUAACCAAAUUAUAUACUUACCUUUU